UUGUCUAUAAGACGAUAAUGCAGUGUUCAUCAAAUGUAAACAAAUAAAAAUUUUAGUUUUUAGCAAAAUUGUGAAAGAAGAAUUAUUCAGCAAAACUUAGUUGUUUUUAUUAAAUAUUAACGGUAUUUUGUAUAUUGUACAGCAGCCAAAAUAAGUUCCAUACGAAAUAAAAUGACUUUAACAAAAACCGUAGAUCAAAUGACAAUAUUAAGUGGUGAUAGAUCCAAACUUAAAGAUUUACUUUGCAAUCGUUUGGCUGAAUGCGGUUGGCGUGAUGAGGUACGUCUUAUGUGUCGCACCAUUAUCAAAGAGAAAGGUAACAAUGUCAAAGUGGAACAAUUAAUAGCGGAAGUAACACCUAAGGCAAGAGCCAUAGUACCAGAUGCAGUUAAAAAAGAAUUACUUAUGAAAAUUAAAGCCAUAUUAGCUGCCCAAGAAGGCAUAGAUUUGUAGCAUUACCUUUAUGUUAAUUUAACUAUUCUAUAUAAAUAAAUUACACAAUAAUAUUAAUAUUGAUA